AUCCAGUGGCGGGCCGGUAUAGGGUAGAGUAAAGCUCACUACAGUCGAUCUAUAGUAUAAGAUGGCCGUGAAAACAAGAUCUAUUGACAUUUUCUUAUUCUCAUCAUUCAUUUAAUUCAAUUCAAGAUAUUCUGAUGAUAUGGUAAUAUUAUAUAUACAAUAUAAUUAUUGAAUUAUCCCGGGAUUUCAUACUAUUUAUGUCGACGAAAUUCCUUGGUUUGGAAUGACGUUUAAAAGUCGUUAUUUUUUGGUUCUUCACAACGAAAACCAAAUGUUACGUUUUGUAUAAGAUCAAUUCAGAUUGCAGAAGUCACUAGAAGAAAGUUCUUUAAUUGAAUGUGUUUACUUACAAUGCCUAAGAGAAAUAAUGAGAAAUAUUCAGAUGAACCCAAUAAGAAAAUAGCUUUGCAAGACUGUGAAAGGAGUAGCAUUGAUAUAAAGCCAGGAGAGAUUCUCAAGGAUAUAUGUGGAAAUGAAUGGAUACUUGGAGAGACUAUUGGAUUUGGUGGGUUUGGUGUUAUACAUCAUGUAUCUGAAAGAUAUCCAAAGGGAAAAGAGAAAUAUGUUGUGAAGAUAGAAACUCAUGCAAGUGGAGGACUCUUCACUGAAAUUAAUUGUUACUUGAGAAUUUGUAAAAAAGAUAUGAUUAAAGAAUGGACAAAACUAAAGGGUCUUCCAAUAUUAGGCAUUCCGUUUUAUGUAGCUUCUGGUUCCCAUGUAUGCAAUGGUGUAAAGUAUCGUUUUUUAGUAUUACCUCGAUAUGAAAAAGACCUUGAAGGAAUUCUGGAAGAGAAAAAGAAAUUCAACUUGAAAACAGUUCUUCUCAUUUCAAAGCAAAUACUACAAGUUCUGGAAUAUAUUCAUGACAAGGGAUAUAUCCAUUCUGAUAUUAAAGCAGCGAAUAUAAUGUUGAAUCAAGUGAAAACUAAUUCUAAAAGAAAGUGUCUUAAAUCUAAAGUGAAAAAACAAACAGAAGUGUGUAGUGCACGGUAUAAACGAUAUGACACUAGACCUGUGAAACACAUUAACUAUAAUUUGGAUCAAUUAUUUGAUGAUUAUUCAUUUGGAUUUCAAGAUGAAAGUUCCCUACUAGGGAAGGGAAAAGAAAAAACAAAAAUUGCAAAUGUUACAGGAGACCAGCUUUAUUUGUUAGAUUUUGGUCUUGCAUCUAAGUACAGACUGUCAACAGGAGAGCAUAAAACUUGUGGAGAUGAACGCAAAGCGCACGCUGGAACAUUGCUUUUCUGCUCUAGAGACGCUCACAAAGGCAUACAGUCAAGAAGAUCGGACUUGGAAUCUUUGGCCUAUAACAUGGUAUAUUGGUUGACAGGCUCUCUUCCAUGGAUCAAUGAUUUGGAAAAUCAAGAAAUGAUGCAAAGGAAGAAAAGGCACUGUUUUGCGGAUACAGCGGGAUUCUUGUAUUUCUGCAUGCCUGAUCCCCCGAGAUUAUUAAAAGAAUUUUUUCUUUACAUCAAAGGAUUGGACGUCCAAGACACUCCAGAUUAUGACGGCUGUCAGCAGUUUAUCACAAAGGCUUUGAUGGAGCAUGGGUACCAAGAUCUGGAGUUCGAUUUUGACAACUUGGAAGGUUGGAGAUUAGUAAAAAAAAAAAUUUCUGAAGACAUGGAAGAUGUUUUCAAAAGGCCUCCAUUAUUAUCCAACAUGCCGGCCCCACCCAUACUACGUAAGAAAACAAAGAAAAAGAAAAUCAAUCGUGCAUUAAAAUGGUCAAGGAUGCUUUCUGAUCCCGAAAUCCUUCUCAAAAAAGUCAGGGACCGGAAAGAUAAUAACGAAUUUCCCAAUGUUUUGGACUUUGACUUGGAGAAAAUGAACCCUACUCCGGCAAUGCGAGAGGUUUUCAGGAAAUACGAGGAAAGGAAGGGACUGUCUCCCAAUAGCUAUCCAGAGACGGAUUUGGGCGACCUUCCGGAAGGAUACACACCUGCAAUGGCGGCGGUAAGACUUAAAAUGUUGGAAUUACAAGAAUUGGAGGAGGCUGUGAAACCUGUCAAAAAGAGGCAGAAGAAAGCGAGGAAGAUUUCAAAAAAGUACAAAAAUAAGGAAUGUGGAAAAACGAAGAAUAAGGUUGCCCUUCCCACAAGGACAUACUCUUUGAGGGGAUGAUAUCCAAAAUUAAUUUUCUAUAUGAAGCAUUUGAUUAAACAAUGAAAAUGUAUUUACUUCCGAAGAGUCUUAUAUUCUGUAAUUUUCAACUAAAUGUGGUAGAUCAUAAAAAAAUUGUGAUAAAGUUAAAUACAUAUUAAAAUAAAACAAUAAUUUUCAGCUAUAAUAUAAUAGAAGGUAUUGAUUUUGACGAUUCAAAAAAACAUCAUUAUUUUGUAUAAUUGAAGAUGUCAGUGAAUUUUUAUCAAAUAGAAUAUUGCAAUAUCCCAAUGUUCUAAUUUUUUUUCACGAAGAAAUAAAUUUUGUGAAAUUAUUUAUUACAGUUUAUGUUAUGUAUCACGUUAUAAUUUUACAGAUUUUAUCUGAUAUACAAUUUUCGUCCUCAGAAAUUUCAACUGAUACAGGUAAUUGGCAAUUUAUUUUUUGUUAGAUUAGUUACUAUUAUCGCAGAUUAAUGAGUAUCAUAAAUGUUCAUUAUACGCAGCAAUAUCCUCCUGUAGCGGUUUUAAUUUCUGCACUAGAAGAAAAUGUUCUUUUUCAAUUAAUUUAUAUUAUCUGUUAUUUCUUACUGUGAAUAAUUUAUGUUCCUGGUAACUGCAACUUUUUUUUGAUAUUCUGUGUGCUUUGUAAUUGUAUAAAGAGAUCUAAUUUUAGGUAUGUUUUUUAUAGUUGACUGCAAGAAUAUUGAGUUCUUUACUAAAAUGACAACUUACAUGAAACAAACUAAGUCAGAUAUAUAAUUGAUAAUUAUACCAAUAUUAACUUAAUACUGUGAUUGUAAAAAUUAUCUAAAUUUUGAUUCUUUGCAAUAAAGCUGUUCCAGUGAUA